GGCACAGGUGACCGACUGUCGGAUGGCUCGUAAGCGAGACAGAACCUUUACCGGCUGCUGGAAAUGCCGCUCUCGCAAAGUCAAGUGUGAUGAGGCCAAGCCCGAAUGUUCUGCAUGUAGGAACCGUGGUCUCGCUUGCAACUACGGUGUCAAACUGGUCUGGGUUGAGGACAACAAGCUUGGUUACAAGUCUGAUGGUCGACGUGUACGGCGGUGUGACCUGACAUGGAGAGGGUACUCAACGCUGCCAUCGGAUGUGGUAGACUAUCUGAUUGUUAGAUGCGACGAGUCAGAAUCUCAAGAUGGUCCUUCGACUUUCCCAUCUCCAGAAUGGCUGACAACAUCCCAUAAUCCCUUUUCGGCGUUCAGAGUCCAAUCGACUGGAUCAUCUCACAUCUCAGGAGAAACUUCGACCACGGUUGAAAUCGUUCCGGUCGACGAUUCUCGACAUGUCAUCAUACACCUCGGGCUGAGCCAGUCCAUGAUGGAACACCCGGACCUCCCUUGGCAGGAAAAAAUGCUCUUCCAUCACUAUGUCCAACAAGUGGCCAGCAAUAUGUUGCCCUUUGAACAUUCUCGGAAUCCAUGGAAGUCAUACUACCCUGCGAUAGCGCUGAGCAGCUCAUGCGGUGACCAGAGAUCAUUGUACCACGGUAUGAUCUCACACGCCGCAUUUCACCUGGCUCAACUCGGGGUGAACCAGCACGAAGCGUAUUCAGCAAUCGGUUCAAGACGUUACACCACCGCAAUCAGCGAGCUCCGUCCGAUUCUCGAAAUUGAACCUGGCGAGUUCGCCACCAUCAUAGGUUCAAUCUUUUCAUUGAUGUUUGCAGAGGUCUACUCGGGUCAGUCUUCCAAAUGGCGGUACCAUCACAAAGGAGCGUGGACCUUGGUUCGGCAGUAUCGUGAUAAAAUCCCAUGGAACACAACCGAGCUUGCGACCGUUUCCCUACAAUGCCUCAACAUCAUCAAGAUCAUCGGAGAAACGGCGACGGGAAUUUUCAACGACGUCGACAGUGAAGGAUCGGCCGACGAUCCCUCUCAAGACUCCGAUACCAGCCUGUCAUCCUUGAUAUCGGCUACACCGGCAUUUGGAUUUACACUGGGUGCCGGUAAGCCCAUACUAGACUGCAUAUCCAAGAUCAACAAACUCCAGCAGCGGAACGCAAGCCGGGGGAGCAAUGAGACAAGCUUUUCCCAAAGAGAUGACGUCCUGGAGGAUGUCCUCACGCAGUUGAAUUCUUGUCGACGCAAAACUCUACACUCGUCGCAGGCGGAAGAGAGUUCGGAAGUCUCGCAUCAGUCCAAAGCUUUCCUCUUCGCCACCUACGUUUAUCUUUAUCGUACCAUCUUUGACUCGCCUCCUGCGAAUGUGAGACGAUAUGUUUCGGAAACCCUUCAUCACGUGGACGCAUUCUAUUCGAAGAGCAAUGGCAACUUUUCCAUCUGGCCAGCAUUCAUUGCCGCUGUGGAAGCAUACACCCCUGAGGAUUUGGAGGCAGCGCAAAGGUGGCUACACCGGUCUACGUGCUACGGUAUGGGCAAUAGACAGGCCCUACGCGCAGUAGUGGAAGAGGUUUGGAGGAGACGGGCUGGUAUGGCUGACCUGGUUGGCGUUGAACGAGGUGUGAUUGCGGUGGAUUGGAGAAAAGUCAUGAAGGACAUGAAUUAUGAUGUUUUGAUAGUAUGA